AUGAAAGGAGAGUACAAGAUUGAAAUGAAGGAGAAUGCAGUUCCUUACGCUAUAUCCACUCCCAGGGUUGUACCAAUACCUUUAAAAACCAAGGUGAAAGAGCAGUUAGACGAUAUGCUUGAGAAAGGAGUGAUUGUUCCAGUUGAACACGCGACUGAUUGGUGCGCACCAAUGGUAGUUUGCGCAAAAAAGGGAGGUGGGGUUAGGAUCUGGGUAGACCUAUCCAAACUCAACAACAGUGUGAAACGUCGGUUUUAUCCUAUCCCAAAGAUCGAACUUUCAUUGGCCGAGAUCGCGGGAGCCAAGUACUUCAGCAAGAUCGAUGCGAAUUCCGGGUUCUGGCAACUGAACCUUGCAGAGGAGUCACAAGAUUACACAACAUUUAUCACCCCUUUUGGGAGGUAUAAAUUCCGUAAGUUACCUUUUGGAAUUACGUCCGCUCCUGAAGAGUUUCAGCGCCGCAUGUCAAAAGCUUUAGAAGGGGCAAAGAACUGUUUAGUGCACAUUGACGACUGUCUGAUAUGGGGAAGAACGAAAGAAGAACACGACGAGUGUCUUAGGGCCGUUCUAGAGAGAGUGCAAGCUAAUGGAAUCACCUUGAAUAAGCAGAAGUCGGAGUUCUGCAAGAAGACUGUGACAUUUUUGGGGUUUGUGCUGUCUAAGGACGGAAUCAAGCCUGAUCCAAGCAAGGUACAAGCGAUUGUGGACUUACCAGCUCAAGAAAACGCUUUUGUCACAGUAAAACAGAUUUUAUCAUCAGAGCCAUGUUUGACUGUUUACGAUCCGCAAAAACCCUCGAUUCUUUCUUGUGAUGCUUCAAAAAAAGGUCUUGGAGCGGUUUUACUUCAAGUUGAAGGAGAAAACAAGAAACCUGUGGCAUAUAUAUCCCGGACUCUAACGCCUGCUGAAGAAAACUACAGUAACAUUGAGAGAGAAGCGCUUGCGUGUACAUGGGCAAGUGACCGUUUGAAAUGUUUCCUGAUGGGAAAAGACCUUGCCAUAGCAGAUCUACUAUCAAGAAGUCCUAUUCCGGCUGACGAAGAUGGCGAAUUGACCGAAGAAGUGGAAGCCUUCGUCCACGAAAUCAGUCUGAUUAGUAUAAACACUACAGAUGAAAAUGUGACAAAGGUACUUCACUCACAAAUGAGAGAUCCAAUCUGUGCACAACUUAAGUUACAAAUUUUAGACGAAUGGCCUGUAAAAUCAAGUUUACCUAAUGAGAUUCAAGAGUACUUUAAUGUGAAAGACGAGUUAAGUUGUAUUGAUGGGCUAUUGCUUCGAGGAACUCGGAUGAUAAUACCUCAGGAACUACGAGCGGAAAUGCUCGAGAGGCUUCACAGUGGACACUUGGGAAUCACAAAAACAAGGAAACGUGCUUUGGGAACCAUGUGGUGGCCUGGAAUUUCUCAAGAAAUAGAAAGGAAAAUCAAAUCGUGUCCAGUGUGUAUUCAGAACUCAACUAAUCACAGUGAACCAUUGAUUCCGAGAACUGUCCCGGAUUACCCGUGGCAAAAUGUGUCUGUUGACUUGUUCAAACACGAAGACAAGUGGUAUAUGGUUAUCGUGGAUCACUACUCAAGAUACUUUGAAGUCGAGGAAAUGCACCGAAUGAGGGCUUCAGAUGUGAUUCGGAUUUGCAAAACCACAUUUUCACGUUUUGGAAUUCCUCAACGUGUUUAUUCAGAUAGUGGGACACAAUUUCACCAUAUUGACUCAAGUGAAUUUAAAUUGUUUGCAAAUGAGUGGGGGUUCUCCACAUUCAGAAGUAGUCCCCACCACCAUCAGGGAAAUGGGGCAGCUGAAGCAGCUGUGAAAGUAGCAAAAGGGCUAAUGAAGAAAAACAAGGAUAAAUUUGAACUAGCCCUACUUUCUUACCGGACCUCACCUCUUGAAACCGGCUUUUCCCCAUCUGAACUUAUGUUUGGAAGGAAAUUAAGAGACAAUCUUCCAUCUACUUUGGUUGGAAAUCCUGUGGAAAACAAGAAUUUUCUUGAGAGGGAGAAUAAGUACCAGAAUAAGUACAAGAUACAAUUUGAUAAACGACAUGGAGCGAGUGGUUUAAGUGAAUUAGAAGUUGGAAGCAUGGUAUGGAUCACAGAUCUACGUCGACACGGUAAGGUAGUCAGGAAAUUGAACGAACCACGUUCCUACCUUGUGGAAACUGACAAGAGAACUAUUCGCCGAAACAGGAAGUUCUUAGUUCCUGCACCGUACUACGGAGGAGAUGGAAUUCUUUCAAACUGGUCAUCCAUGGUCCUUAAUCGUCCAUGCAACUCACGUGAUCGUCCAGGAGCUGGCACAGUAACCCGUUACGGAAGGUCCAUUAAGAAACCGAGGCGGUACUGA